CGUCUUCCCACACACGGACGAACGGUCACAACCCACAACCCACACUCCCACAGGCCACAGCACUCCAAGCAGGCGGCCAUGGAGUUGCUCCUUCUCCCUUCCCGUGCCACUGUCUCCCGCCGGCUCCUGCCAACCGCCCCACUCCGCCGCGCCAGCGCGGCCACCUUCCGGCCGUCGGCCAGCUCCGGCAACGUGGAGGCCACCACCGGCGCCACGGCGACGACGUCGGCAGCCAAAACCGGCCAAGAAUGGCGCGCGGGCGGGCGGCAGGGCCAGGCGCCGUUCGGGCUCAACCUGGACCUGUCCGAGGAGAUGAGGCGUGAUAUGAUGUGCCGGAUGCUGGCCUUCCCCGCGGCGGCGGUGGCGGCGGAGGCCGCGCUCCUGUGGGCGCUCGACAGCGGCGUCGACGCGCCCGCGUGGGCCGGCAAGGCGGGGUCGGCCGUGCUGUUCGCUGCGGGGCUGCUCGGGUCCCAGUACGGGUUCUUCUCCUCGAGGUGGGACGCGGCGGAGACGGGGUCGUUGGUGGGGUGGGAGCUCGCCGCCCGGCACUGGAACGCGCUGUCCAUGGCCAGGGGUUCGUCCACGGAAGAGGAAGAUGAGGAGGACGACGAGGAGUGGGAGUGGGUGUACGAGGAAGACGAGGAAGAAACUGACGAUUAGUUGGGUAGAUACAGUCUGUGAUAGCAAGUGCAGCGGAUAGAAGAGGUGGUAACGGAGCUGCCCCCACUAAAUAUACUAGGUGACUUCCCGCGCGUUGCUGCGGGAUUUCGAAGAUUAAUUUUGAAUACAUUCUAUAUGCAUGAAAUGAUCUCAAUUGAAAACUAUUAUUUUCGGAAGUAAUUCUAUGUGAACAAAGAAUAUGCAUGUACAUUGGACUAUUGGAGAUGGAACAAUUAAAUUGGGGUAUGCAUGUGCUACAAAAUAGUUCUAGUAGAUGAUGACUGUGACACAUUUGGUGAUGUGGAGGGCUGCAUGUUGAGAGAAUUAGACUUAGUGGGGAUAAACUAUUUAUGUAUUAUAG